AUGAGCGUUUCAGGCAACCAGACUUUCUCCCUUCUCCUCAGAAUGUCUAGGUUCGAUAUCCCGCGCUCUGCUGUCUACCCUACCGUUGUGAUUGGAUUUUUGGUCUACGCUUUCUCUGUCCUCUCCAACACGGUGAUCCUGCUCCUGAUCAUCACUCAGAGGGUUCUCCACAAGCCCAUGUUCUACAUCUUCUUCAGCCUGCCACUGCAAGACCUCAUCGGCAUAUCCGCAAUGUUGCCUCGCGUGCUUACGCACAUGCUGACGAACGACUACACAGUCAGCUACCCUGCCUGUGUCUUUCAGGCUUUUUUGCUCCACAUGUACGGCGGAGGAGCCAAGCUGGUGCUGGUCAUGAUGGCGCUGGAUCGGUACCUGGCCAUUUGCAAGCCUCUGAGGUACAACACAAUCAUGACCCCAGUCACCGUCUGUGCCAUGAUAUCUCUGGCCUGGGGAGUGGACUUUGUCUUGAUUCUCAUUUUGUUCCUGCUUCAGCUCAGGGUGAAAAAGUGCAAAGAUUUCAUCACGGCUGUUUAUUGUAAUAAUGUGUCAUUGCUUAAACUGUCAUGUGGAGAGGAUCUAACGGUCAAUAACAUUUAUGGGUUGGCCAUCACAACAUUUAUUAAUGUUAUCACUAUAUCUAUACCACUGUUCUCAUACGUUUACAUCCUAGUAACCGUCCUUCAAAACAAGCAAUCAGAUACCAAAUCAAAGGCUUUGAACACCUGUUUAUCACAGAUCAUCUCCUCUGCCAUUUUUCAGAUGGUUAGUUUAUUUACCAUCAUUUCAUUUCGAUUGCCACGUGUUUCCGCAAAUUUAACUAAUGCUACUGGAAUGAUGAUAUUUCUGAUUCUGCCGGUUGUUAACCCCAUCAUAUAUGGACUGAAAACAAAAGAUAUUAGAACAGCUUUCUUACAGGUUUUGAGAAAGGGCAGGGUUUCAUGGGCGUAG